AAGAGUUGUUUGCUUCAUUUCAUUACAGAGCUAGAAAGGUUCCACCAGAGGUUGUAAUUAGUUAGCGGCCUUGUCUCAGCAAAUGUAUCCUUCAGCUCCACACAACCAAGGGGCAUAUACGCCGGAGGCACAUGGAGGUCCAGUUCCAGCUUCAGGCGUUCCACAUACUCCUCCUACACAAGCAUAUGCCGCCGGAUAUAUCGCAAGGAACACGCCUUUUAAAGCUCCGGCGGUCGGAAUGCCCUGGUCAACCGGUCUUUGCCACUGCUGCGACGAUCCGGCAAAUUGUGUGAUCACUUGCUUUUGCCCUUGCAUUACGUUUGGACAGAUUGCAGAGAUUGUGAAUAGGGGCCAAACAUCUUGUGCCAGUAGAGGCGCUAUUUAUGGGUUACUGGGUUUCACGGGCUUCGCUUGCUUCUAUUCCUGCUUCUACCGCUCCAAAUUGAGGGGACAAUACGAUCUGGAAGAGGCCCCUUGUGUGGAUUGCUUAGUUCACUUCUGCUGCGAGACUUGUGCACUGUGUCAAGAAUACAGAGAGCUUAAGAUGCGUGGAUAUGACAUGGGAAUUGGUUGGGAGGCAAAUAUGGGUAGACAAAACCGAGGAAUGACAGUACCUCCAAGUGUGGGAGAAGGCAUGACAAGAUGAAGACAUCUCUGCGCAACUUGUAUCUUUUAGUUGUACAUGUUUUACAAAUGAUUUACAUGUCUAUAUGUCGCACCCAAACAUCCAAGUUCAAGUGCUAUUAUUAAUGAAGGUUGAGACAGUGUGAUUCUAGAUAUAAUUUUGGAUCCUUUUUGUUUGUUG